CAUAUCGUACUCGCCAUUUGGAUUUCGGUCGUUUCUCGUUUUCCGUUCACUGUGACUGACAACGCAGAAAUAAUUUUUUUGCUGUUUCUAAUUUUUAUCAGUGAUAUAACGAUUUAAGAAAAUGCCUAACCAGGUACUAAUAAUAGAGCCCCAAAAUGAGCUGAAGUUUAAAGUUAAUCUUUCAGGGCUUUUUGACCAAGGCCAUACAACACACAUGAAGCUAACUAAUCCAACGAGUAAUACUGUUUUGUUCAAAAUUAAAACAACUGCACCAAAAAAGUAUUAUGUUCGACCAAACUCUGGUGUUCUCGAGCCCAACGCAAAAGUGGACAUUGCAAUUACUCCACAACACUUCUACGUAGAUCCUAAUGAGACCCAUAAACAUAAAUUCAUGGUGCAGAGUGUUAUUGCUCCUGAUAAUAAAACCAACAUUGAUCAAGUAUGGAAGGAAACACAUCCCAACCAACUCAUGGAUUACAAAUUACGUUGUGUGUUUGUGUCCCCACGGGAAGGCAAUACAAAUGAUGCUGGUGAUACUGCAGCCCAGAAUGAAGUUGCUAAAAAGCUGGUGGCUGUAGCUGAAGAGGGUAAACCUCCAGCACCACAAUCUGUGUCCAAGGAAGAUUUAGUCAGUGUUACAAAAUCUAUGAAAGGAAAACCCGAGGAGGAGGUAGCAGAUGAUUCGAAAAGCAUUACGGCUUUCUCGAAGUCCGAAAACGUUGACAAUGAUAUGCAAAAAGUAACAAACGAAGUCAUCCAUCUUAGAGAGGAAGAGAGUAAACUGCGCCACGAAAACUUGCGACUAAAAGAGGAGCUUCUGCGUUUGCAUCAACAAGUAGGAGGCGAGCACAUGGCUCAACGUGGCCACUCAUACGGCCCUGAAAGGAAGGAACAGCUCUCUGUACCAUGGUUAGGUAUCACCCUGGCUAUGGCACUUUUGGGAAUCAUCAUUGGCAAGUUUUUCAUGUGAAUAAUAGCCCCCCCAUUCCGCGGAUUAACCCCCACAGACACGCCCACAUUACAAGGCAGCUUCGAUCUUGCAAACUUCCGCUUCAGUGCCGCAUUCGUUGAACUCAUUGCGCGUUACACGUAUUGGAUGUUGUGUUUCUAUUUGUGUGUGAUUUUGAUCAUCAUCGUCUGAAUUAGAACGAGUUAGUUUGAAUGGUGGGCUUGUCGAGAGGUUAAAAUGCGACUAAAUGUUUCGUUUUAAAAUAUAUUAUUUGCAGCCAUGACCGCGACUUCACUUAAUCAGUGUCUUGUUUGAAUAAUGUAAGAAGUUUCUGGUAAUCUUUUGUUUUUAAUGUUAAUUAAAUUAUAAUUAUGUUUUUAUUUUAGGGCAUAUUUAUUAAUGUUGAUACUAUUGUCCUAUGUAACUUGUAUUUAUGAUUAUGUAAAUCAAAUUGUGCAUACAUUAUUGCACUUGACUAUUCAAACAUGUAUGUCAAACUGUAAGCUGUGGAGGAAAGUAAUGUAUAUUAAAAACCCAUAGGAAAUAGAAAUUUGACUUUAUUAUUUUUAAAUAAAUACAUCUUAUUAAUAAUCCUUUAAUAAAUAAUGCACAACUUAACACUCAAGUGUUUUAUUUCAGUUAAUCAUAUAUCAAAACACAUAUUUUCAUUGCUCUUCUCCACGGCUAACUAUGUAAGAAUGUUGUGGAUUAAGAAGCAUCCUGGUAAAUUUAUAUUUCAGUGCACUAUUCCUAGACUUUUCAAUAUGUCCAUGCUUUAAUUACUAAAAAUUUUGUGGCAAGCCAGCAUACUUCUAUUGGCAUUAUUCUUAAUUAUUCUUUGCAAGUAGGAAUUGAGUCCCUUAACGUUUUUAAUAAAGAUUUUGAUCUCUAUAAAAGUAUGGUGUUUUUCUGUUUUGAUCAGGGAAGCUCUUUAAAUAUUUAUACUACUUCCAUAUACUAUAGACUCAAAACAAUUCUUUAAUGUCCAUAUGAAUAUUUUUAUCAGUAAUAUGCAUUGUGCUAUGAGUCUAAACCAUACAUGUCUUCCAUUUAUUUACAGUCAGCCUCAAUAAAAGUCUUUAUAUAUCAACUUUAACUAACACUGAAGCAUUAGUUACCUACGAUUGUCAGUCACACUAAAUUUGAUGUGCUAAAUUUUUAUGUAUUAACUCACACAACGACAAGCUCACCUAACUAUAAUAUUAGUCCUUUAAUGAGAAAGAUGUCGCUGUCGCUUGAUUAUUAUUGUAAUAAAUCUAAUAUAGAUAAAAGUGCCUUCGUAUGAGUUGAGGAAAAAUUGUUAAUUGCUAUCUGCAAUAAUGUUUAUUAACAUUAAACAGAAGAACGAGGAUGUAAAUUUCGAUUAGUUUUGAAACUUGUGUGAGAAAGACAGUUUUCAAAUAUUUUAUCUCAUUCGUGCACCUAAUAUAGUAAGAUUCUAAUGGUAUUUAACUACAACUAUUAUUCCUAGUCUUCUAUGUAUUGUCUAAUUCCUCACUGAUUAAGAGGAGUGCAAGUGGAGCUAUGGUUGGAUAUAUGAUGCAACAAGAUGAAUUUUCUGUUUCCAAAUAAUAUUUUUUGCGAUAUUAUUGUUUACCGUUAUAAAUGUUGUCUUUUCUCACUCAAAUUUUACUUAUUCUAGCUUAGCGAACCGUCUGCAUCUUAUCGGGAUAGAUAGAUCAAUCGAUAGCGACACCAAAUAUACGAAUUAAUUCUGUUAAACAUUUUUAGUAACAAAUAUGCAGCAAAGUGUUUUUGUUGUCAAAUUUGUUGUUUUUCAAGCCAAAGUUAUGCCGUGUAGGCCCUAAUAUGGUUGUUCCCAUCAAUUAACGUUUUUUAAAACGAUGGCAUUUAAAAAAAUAAUAUAUAGAUAAUAAAUUUUUAAAUUGAUGUAAUAGUUUAAAUUCUUGUAUAAAAGUUGUUGAUACAUUUGAUUCAUUUUUAAAGAAAUUACAUAAUUUUUUAUAUAUCUGAAUCGUUUGUAACUUCAAUAACUCCUGAGUUUUUUAUUUUAACUGGCCCCUGGCUAAAAAAAUAAGUUUAAUUUUGUUGUUACAUAUAGUACAAUACAAUAUUUAACAGCAAAAUUUAACUUAACUUUUUUUUGGAAUUUGCAACUUUGGUCAAAUGCCAAACAGCUGGCUUUGUAAUUGUUAACAAAAUAUUUUCUAUGAUAACUAGUGUUUAUUUCUCAUUUACGUAUUAAAAUUAUUGUUUUGCUUACGUGUUUUGAAGUGUUAAGAAAGAAGCCGCGGUUAAAGGCUUCGUGUUAAAUAUUGUGUCGAGGGUUUCCGAAGAUUUGAUGUGGCUAGUCACUUGGCAAAAUGUCAUAAAAUUUAAAUACAACCUAUGUUAUUCUAGGUUGCCCACAUUUAAUAAAUGCCAAAACAUUGGCUAGUCUAUGCAACCAUUAUGCGUUUCCCAGUAGAUAAAUUGGUGAAGGAAAGGGAACUUUUAGUGGUCACGAGCGUUACUAAUACUAAAUAUGCAGUCAUCUUAAAAUAUAUCGCAUUUGUCUUUAGUUUUGUUACUAACGUCUAAUAGUCAUACGAACAAGUACAAUAGUUAUUAAUAAUGCCACUGCCUGUACAAACAGUUCCGUAACAGCUUAUCUUGUGAAUGAUAUUGCUAUAGAAAAAAUUAGUAAGCACUUAGAUUAAUAUAUGCUGUAAAAACACACGACAUUUAUUUGCAUGAAUGUUUGAACGUUUUACUAUUACGUCGUUUCUGUAUUAUUACCUAAAUUAUAUUGGUUUUGUCAAGAAUCGAUAUUCAACAUAUAUAUAUAUAUAUAUGUAUAUUUAAAAUGAUUCUUAUUAUGUAGUUAUAGUUUGUGCCUGAAUGUGUGAUAAAUGCAUUAUGGCUUUGAAUGUAAUGGUCGGUCGGAUAACUAUUCAUACCAUGUAGAAGUUCUGCGGUGUAGCACAUUAAAAAUAAAUCGUAAGAUCAGUUAUAUAUCUAGUUUGGAGUGAUUAUAAGCAGCCAUAUUAUAAAGUAUGGGUUCAUUGGCAAAUAUUAUCACUGUAUUCUCAAAAAAUUAUAAAACCGCUUGUGAAUAUGUCGUGGAUAUUAUGUUGGGUAAGGUUAUUUGGAUUGAUAACGAUUAAGUAAUAAAUUCUUAGGUUUAUCUUUAAGUAACUACAAUAAAAUUUAAAUUGAAAAAAAUUUCCGUGUGGUAUUGUUAUAUUAUGCUAUAUUGUAUCGUUUUCUCAAUAAAAGACUUAAUUUAUGA